AUGUACAGAAGAAUAUUCUUAUCCCUCAGCCUCGCGGCAACCGCUCUUUGUCAGCUUGAUCUGACAUCAUGUUCCUCCACGGACCUUCACUGUAUCGAAAACAGGAUCUCAGCCAGCCAUAUUCUAACAGAACUCCCGAAUUUUGUCACGUAUCCGAUACAGGAUGACCCUUUCUAUGCCACCCCAGCGAAUAUAUCGCAGGCUAAACCAGGACAAAUCCUCAAGGUCGAGCACCACACUAAUGUUAGCUUAUAUGAUAUCCCCCCAGGGCAGUCGCUGAGUAGGAUCAUGUAUACUUCGGUUGACAAUUCUGGCCAAGUGGUCCCAGCCACGGCCGCAAUCCUUUGGCCAUUCACGCCAAAACCGUUCCGCAAUUCAGAUAAAUUUCCACUGGUGGCUUGGGCUCAUGGUACUAGUGGUAUUGUCCGCCAGUGUGCAGUGUCAAUUCAGAGAAAUCUCCAGUAUGACUUCCGCGCGGUAUUUACUCUAGCAUCUAUGGGCUACGCAGUGGUACUUGCAGAUUAUGUUGGGCUAGGUAGCGAUCAAGCCUUUAACUACCUUGCUUUUAAGUUGCACGCCAAUGAUGUAGUUUAUAGCGUCAUGGCAGCGCAAUCUGCGUUCCCCCAACUGUCGAAAGACUGGGUUUCAUUUGGACACUCUGAGGGAGGGGGUGUUGCCUGGGCAAUUGGGGAGAGGCAAGCUAUUCGUCCGAUUCCUGGCUUUCUAGGUACAAUCGCUGCAGCGCCUCCACCAUUUCCUAUUGCAAACACAGCCCCAGUUGGAUCAUCGGUUUUCACUGCCUUUCUUGCAUUUACCAUAUCUCGCCUAAACGGACUUAAUCUUACCGCCAUUUUCAACCCAGUGCCAUUGCAGGUCCUUCAGUAUGUUCAAUCAAUCGGAGGUUGUAACGAUGCGGGGUUCGCAGCAUUUGGCACAUUUACCGCCGAGGACAUUUACUCAAACACAUCCUGGCCACUAUCUCAAGAAGCAGUGGACUUUGCAAGAGAUUACUCUGUAGGCAGCCGGCCAUUAGGUGGCCCAAUGCUUAUCAUUCAAGGAUCUGCAGACACUGUCGUGAUACCUGAAGGAUCUGCAUUAGGCUUCAAAAAUACCUGUGCUUCCCAGAAGAAUAAUGUAAGUAUUGAGUACGUUUCAGUGGCUGGGCAAGAUCAUAAUCCUUCAUUAUAUGCUUCACAACGGAUUUGGCUCCAGUGGAUUGAAGACCGGUUUAAUGGCGUGAAAAUUAAGCCCGGAUGUCAACAUAACAAUCUUUCAUCUCCCAUUGGAAACGUACAACUGGCAGAAAGAUUCCUUGUGGAGUACGAGAAGCCGUGGAUCACUAUAUAUUCUUCCACGUUUCUUCCGGAGUCAUUGCAGGCUGGACACUUGGGGUUUGUAGAGCCAAAUACGUCGGCGCCAACCACAUCACGCUCUAAUUAG